AGUUGGAAGCUAAACUCACUAUGCCUUGGAUUUGCUAAACAAUUCGCCUCAACAGCAUGGCCAAAACCAGGCAUCAAGGCAUCUGAUUCAUAUCUUCACUCUGCCUGAGUAGAACUAACUACCAAACACCAGGAUUGGGGUCACUGUGCCUCUUUCCAAGAAAUCUCACACACACACUGGGGAAUUCUGCCUGCGCCUCUCACUAGAAUCUGUCACCGAGGACUCUAUAGCGCUGCACCGAGGCUCGUGCCAGAGCCUGGACUGCCAGGUGCUGCUUUCCAGCUCUCCCACGGAUGGACUCCCCCUCCCAGGGCCCCUCGGCACCUGCUCCCAAGAAAGGCCGACUCGCGGCCAAGCCCAAGGCACGGCGGUAACACUCUGCUUCCGAUUUUUCUUGCCUUCCUUGGAGAUGCUUGUGGGAGAAGCAGAAGAGGGAAUCUUGGAGCAAAUCCGCUUCCGAUCAUGCAAAUGAAUGCCCAGUUAGUGUAGACAGACUGUUAACUUCAGCAGUCGGGAAGAAAGGGAGGAAGGCGGAAAAUCCCCCACGUCGGAGACCAGCAGAGAAUUUCAAUAGAAAGCCGACCCUCCAGAAAUAAGGCUGCUCCGUCUGAACGAACGGAGCCCACCCACCUUCCCUGGCAUCCCAAGCUGCUCAGAGGCUCUGCAGAUAAAUCCCCAAGGGGCAUCUGAGGAUGGCAAAGAGUGAGUGAGGGAAACGGAAUGACUCGGGUGCCUGCCAGUGGCUGGUACUGACAUCACUUCCCACUCCAGACAAGACGUAGCUGAACUCAGCCCACAACGCAAAGGAGCCAGAGGAAGUGUGUGGCCAUUUAGCAACUGCAGCUCUGACAACAUGAGCUGGGCUGAGCAGCAGCUGAUGGAGAGCCGGUGACCCUCCGCCUGCUGGCCCCCUACAGCUGCCUCCCGAGGGAGGCCAUGCCUCCUUGUGUCUAAAGGCUUCGAGAACUGACAGCCCCAGGAGAGACAGAAAUGGGGAACAGCAUGAAAUCCACCCCUGCGCCCCCCGAGAGGUCACUGUCCAGUGCAGAAGGACUGGAGAGCGACUUCCUGGCUGUGCUAAGUGACUACCCAUCUCCCGACAUCAGCCCUCCAAUUUUCCACCAAGGCGAGAAACUGCGUGUCAUUUCCGAUGAAGGGGGCUGGUGGAAAGCUGUUUCUCUCAGCACCGGCCGUGAGAGUUAUAUUCCAGGGAUAUGUGUGGCCAGAGUGUACCAUGGCUGGCUGUUUGAAGGCCUCGGCAGGGACAAAGCAGAAGAGCUGCUACAGCUGCCGGACACAAAGAUGGGCUCCUUCAUGAUCCGAGAGAGCGAGACGAAGAAAGGAUUUUAUUCGCUGUCGGUGAGGCACCGGCAGGUGAAACAUUACCGCAUCUUCCGCCUGCCGAACAAGUGGUACUACAUCUCACCAAGGCUUACCUUCCAGUGCCUGGAGGACCUCGUGACUCACUAUUCUGAGGUGGCCGAUGGCUUGUGCUGUGUGCUCACCACCCCCUGCCUGGCACAGAGCACACCCACUGUGGCAGCUCACCCAUCACCUUGUACCACCCCUGCCUUACCCGUCACCUUGCGCCAGAAGACCUUCAACUGGAAGAGAGCAUCCAGGCUACAGGAAGAUCCUGAGGGAGCAGAGAACCCACUGGGGGUGGACGAGUCCCUUUUCAGCUAUGGCCUUCGGGAAAGCAUCGCGUCCUACCUGUCUCUGACAGGGGACGAUACCAGCCCGCUCAGCCGGAGGAAGAAGAGUGUCUCUCUGAUGUACAGUGGCGGCAAACGCAAAAGCUCCUUUUUUGUGGCCCCUCAGUACUUUGAAGACUAAGGCCCUGGAUGGCACACAAGGGACAAGGGCUUUGGAUGUCACCAGUGGCCUUGUGAGAGCCAGGAUUUUCUAGUCCAUGGGCACCUUAGGUCUUCUGGAGCCAAGAGAAGUCACAUAGAGACUCUCUACAUCACGACCAAAAGAAGCCCUCCCUGGCAUCUGAUAAGUGCUGUGACACAUUUGACUCAUGAUGUGAUGCACAAGUGUGGCAAUGUGUGUGUCAGGUGUGUGCACAGAGACUAUUCUCCAUUCAACAGUCCCAAUGGCACUCUGAGUCCAAGGGGAGAAUGUCCACCCGAGGAAGGCUGGGAGGAAGAUGAGCCAGAGGCAGCAGCUACAGAUGCUCCAAAUGUGCUGAUCAGUUUCUGCAAGGAGCCUAGCUGCCUUUACCAACCCAGAAGGACCUUUGGGACUCAGUUCUUCUCUUUCAAAAGGACCUGUGACAGGAAACACUAUCCACAAGUACUUAGAGCUCUGGGCCAAGUGGGGCCUUUAACAUUCAGGUGCACCAAAGAUGCAUGAACAGCAGUCAGAUGGCCACUCUAACUCCCAGAAUGAUAAAUGGCAGUGGAGGUGGGCUGGAGGGGGAGGGGGCAGGAAGCAGGAGCUCUAGGACUUCUGGGACAGAUAACUCCACCCCCAGCUGCCAUGGGGUAUAGUGAUCUGUGGUGCCCGUUUCUCCUCACCAGUCUGCGGAGGUACUACGUGAAGUCCUAUGCUAUGGUGAGACAGGAUUCUAGUGGCCCAAGAGCAGCCCUCAGCUCCAGCUGCGACAGCUCCCAGCAGAGACAGGGAGAAAAACAAAUGAGAUACUGGUGGAUACAAAAAGAGAGAUGAUUCACAGCCAGGCUUGGCUAGAGGCAGGCCAGGGUGACCCAGGGGUGGCAGGCAUUCCCACGGACCUGCCGGAAAUAUAAGGGCUGCUGGACUAGGUAGAUAAGAACAGUCUUUUUUUUUUUUUUAAAGAAAAACUAAUCAGUUUUAAAGAAUUAAUUCACCCCAUUAUAUUUUACUCUAAGAAGGGCUGGCAUCUACAUCCAUGUGGAUACAAGCACUGCUCUCCAGGAAAGGGGAUUUGGUGUGGCUGAGCUCUGCAUUCCCACAUGUGAGAGAGGAGGACGGCUGUGCAGGGCAUGGGGAAAGGCAAGCCUUCUUCCUGUGGUUGGUAGGGGACUUGCUCCUCCCUGUUUCUAGGGGAUGCUGGGGAAGAAGGGUGCAGGCACAAGAUGGACAGAUGCAUCUAUAUGACUUUCUGUAUCAUAGGGUUUGGGUGUUUACACUGGGAAGCAUGCGUAGUCUCCUAACAUUUCCCUUAAGCCUGUUUCAAAGAGACUAGCCAGACUGUGAGAAAUGAAUGUCACAGGACAGUGACUUCCACCAUGAGGCAGGUGGUCUCUGGGCUCCUGACAUCUGUUCAGUGUCUUCUGUGUUGUUUUCCGUUGUGGCCAAUGGGAUUGGAACCUUGGGAGAGCAUGUGGGUGGGGGAACAAACUUCUAAGUGCGAAGCAUUACAUUUUGCCCGAUCAUGUAUUUAUUCCUGAUUAAAGUAAACUUAAUAAUUAUUUAA